UAAAAUUUAUAUACAAAAAAAAAAAAAAAAAGAGGUUGAAUUGUGUAAUUUUAAUAUUUGAUAAAAACUUCGCAUACCCACGGGGACUUCUCACUUCUUGUAGAAAUGGGGAUAGAGGGUAUUUUUUACUACUUUACUAAAAAUCCUUGUGAUGAUCCCUUAUCUACCAGUGAUAGGAAUGAAGAUGGAGAGGGAGUCUCCAAUCUACAAAGACCUAUCAAGGCCAAGAUCGAUGCUGCAAACAAAGCUGUCUCAAAGAUUGGGGAACACAUGACUGGUCAAUCUGGUGGUGGGUCUGCUUCAGGAGGUGCUCAAGGUGGUGGUGACCAGACCCCAGAGGCAGAAUACGAGGAGGUGAAGAAAUGAGAUUGUUGAGGCAGUGAUUUCUUGUUCCUUUUUUGAAUCGCUGAUAAGGUGGAUCUUUUGUUUUUAUGCUUCUGAUUCUGGCAGUUUUGUAUCUAAAAAUGUUGGAGGCUGAGUGUAUUAGGAAUUCGAGUCGGAAGCCCGUUUAAUAUAGGGUUAACAUGAAA